GGAUAUUUGAACCCUUCUGCACAGUAAGAUAAAGUAAAAGCAUUGUUCUUUUCUUUCUUCGAAGAUUGGGAAAAAAAUACCUUCAUUAUAGUUGCCAAAAUGUUAAGCACUGUUCUUAAGGUCAAAUCAGAGAACAAUGGUUCUUACACUGUGCUUGACACAUGCGUCUUGCUUCUUUCUAACCCAAAAGAUAUCAGACGCAACUCCAUUUUCCUUCUCUUUCUUGCGAUAAAUCUCAGUACCUCUCUCUCACUUUAAAAUCACCAUCUCACUCUCACACUAAAAUGUCUUUGUGUAAUACUAUAUCUAAACUUCUCUCGCCAUACCCUCACUCCACCAACACCGUGCCUACCUCACUCAAGACUGCAACAUGGGAGCAUUCACGGAAGGUUGAAGAUUAAAAACAUUGGUGAAUAAUAUUGGUUUUCCCAUGGGAGUAAUUAGCCCAAGAUGCUUUACCACAUACCACCGCACCCCAUCUCCAUCCAACCGCCAUUCCGUGGUACCUCUUCCACUACACCUACAAUCAUCGCACCAAUAUCGGACCACAGUCUCUCCACCACCAACCCACACAUACGCCACCGCUCUGCCUCUCUGUCUCUAUUUGGUUUGCGAUCACAGACACAAUACUCUAGAUUUACGGACAAACGAAGGUACAUCAAUGGCUUCAUUUUGUUUAGUUAUUCAAGUUAAGGGAUGUGGAUUGAUGGUAAGUAAGGAGAAACCAGACGUAUUGAAGUGGGUAAUGCUUCAUUUAACCAUCUCUACAUUUUCUUCCACUUCUGCCAUUUUAAAGGUUCAUAUUGGGGAAGGAGUAUCGCCUUUAGCUGCCAUAGAAGUUUUUAGUGGAAUGCCUGUUAACAGACUUUUUGAACCGAUGUCUACUUAAAUGUCUUCAGUGUAAUUCACAUGUAAGUUUUUCUUUUAUAUGUUUUUUUAUUCCUUGUGUUUUAGAGUAUCCAUCUAUUUCUCAAAGUUUUGUUAAUAACAAAUGAAAAUGUGCAUCUUCAAAUAAGAAAACAAAAUUUAUUUUCAGACAACUUACUUUUUUUUAACUAAAACAACAUUAUAUUUUUGUUUUAAACCCAAACUAAUCUACCUAAAUGGGUUAGUUUAACUUACAAGUUACCAUCUUCCAAAUCAAAUUAGAUUCAUUGUUACGAGUUUACCUUUUCAUUACCAUCGUGUCAAAGUUGGGUACCCAAUCAUAAAUGUCUGGAUUAGAAAUAAUUAUCGAAUGAAAAAAAUUCGCACCCGUCGCUUGGCGCGGGUAAACGGCUAGUGUAUAUAUAUAU